AUGGGGUCCAACUGGGGGGGCUACGAUCCCCCAGAACCCCCUGAAACAGAGAAGAUCAUCGCUGAGCUGAAUGAAACGUGGGAGGAGAAGCUGAGGAAGACGGAGUCUAUACGACUGGAGAGAGAGUCUCUGCUGGCAGAGAUGGGCGUGUCUAUUAAAGAGGACGGGGGAACUGUGGGAGUGUUUUCACCUAAAGGAACUCCUCACCUGGUGAACCUGAAUGAGGACCUGAUGUCGAGUGUCUGUGUAUACAUCAAAGAGGGAGUGACCAGGGCGGGUCAGAAGGAUGUGGAUAUCCGGCUGAGUGGACAGUUCAUCAAAGAGCAGCACUGUGUGUUCUACUGUAACACCAACAACCAUGGAGAGGUGGUCGUCACACUGGAGCCGUUAGAAGGGGCGGAGACUUACGUCAACGGGAAACAGAUUACUGAACCAACGGUGCUCAAACAAGGUAAUCGUGAUGGGAAGAACCACGUGUUCCGCUUUAAUCACCCGGAGCAGGCUCGGCUGGAGAGAGAGCGCACCGCCAACUGUGAGCAGCAGGGGGAGCCAGUGGACUGGAGCUAUGCCCAGAGAGAACUGCUGGAGAACCAGGGCAUAGACAUCAAACUGGAGAUGGACAAGAGGCUGCAGGAUUUGGAGCUUCAGUACCGCAGAGAGAAAGAAGAAGCUGAUCUGCUACUGGAGCAACACAGACUGUACGCAGAUUCAGACAGCGGUGAUGACUCUGAUAAACGCUCCUGUGAGGAAAGCUGGAGACUCAUCUCUUCUCUCCGAGAGAAACUACCAGCUAACAAGGUGCAGUGUAUAGUGAAGCGCUGUGGAUUACCCAGCAGUGGUAAGCGGCGUGAGCCCCAACGCGUGUAUCAGAUCCCCCAACGCCGACGUAUCAGUAAAGACCCCGAGAGUGUGACGGUGUGUGACCUGCAGCUGCAGGCCGUCAAGGAGAUCUGCUACCAGGUGGCGCUGGGGGAUUUUAAACAUACUCUGAGGGAGAUCCAGGCUCUGGCCAUCGUGAAGCUGAAGGAGCUGUUCAGGAUGUACGGUAAGAAGGAGCCAGAGGACCGAGAGCUGUGGAAGGAAGUAGCCCAGGACGUGUGGGAGACAGUGGGCGUGGGCGAGGAGCGUGGGCAGGAUGUGGGCGUGGCCUCAGAGGGAGGGGCGAGGCAGAAAGGCGUGUACGACCUGAAGGCUCACCUGGAGAAGCUGACGGACAUCCUGCAGGAGGUGAAGGAACAAAACAACCUGAAGGAUGAAGAGAUCCGAGCGCUCAGAGACAGAAUGAUGAAGAUGGAGAGAGUCAUACCAGCAGUGCAGCAGGACGACGGCUCAUCAGAAGACCAGGUUUGCGAGGACACUGAGGCAGAUGAGGGGCGGUGCAUUGAUCAGGAUGGGUGUGGCACCAUGGGUGUCCAGUCCAAUGAGGACCGAGUGAAGCGGCUGAUGGAGGAAGACCCCGCCUUCCGCCGGGGGCGUCUCCGCUGGCUCAAACAGGAGCAGACUCGCCUCCAGAACCUGCAGCAGCAGCAAAUCACCAAGCGGCUACGACGUGGGGGCGGAGCUGGGGCCGUGACUGGAGAAGGAGGCGUGGUCCAUCUGCCCGGAACCGGCCGGUUCAUCCCUCCACAGGAAUGCAAGCUGAAGUUUCCCUUUAAGAGCAACCCACAGCACCGGCUGUCCUGGAGCCCCGCCUCCCUGCAGGCCCUGCCCACUGGGGAGGAGAGAAGUGAAGGGGAGGAGCUGAAUGACAGUCAGUCUCCACCCACAAAUCUUGUGGCUCCACCCACUGCAGCCCAGGCAGUGGCUCCGUUCCUCCCUGCUCCCUUCCAGAUGCCGGCCGUCAUGGGAAACCAGCGCAUGCGUACACCUUCUCCACAUCGCACCUGGCAACCACGUAACUAUGAUGGCGGUAGCUAUGGCAACAGCGGUCACUUCCCCCAGCAGCAGCAGUGGCGCUACAGGCGGAACUCUCUGGACAGUUCGACAGCUUCCAACAGGCAGGGUCGCUACGGCAACCCCAAUGACCAGCAGCAUCUGCAUCAGCAGCCGGGGGGGCAUGGUCGCUAUCGGCGGCAGUCGCCGAGCCCCGGAACGAGAGGAGAGGCGGGACACCAGCCUAGAGACGGUUACUAUGGCAACCAGCAUCACCACCCCCACCACCACCCUCAGCAACAGCAGCAGUUUAUCCCUCAUUUUCAGAUGUACCAGACUCCGCCCCCCGCACACGCACACACGCUACCACGCAACAUGCACGCCUGGGGAGGGGUCCCAAAAUUCCAGGGGUACACCACGCCCCCCCGCAUGAGGCGUCAGUACAGCGCCCCCGACCUGAAGAGCAAGGAAACACCCGUCUGAGUGUGUGUGUGUGUGAAUGUGAGUGUGAGUGGGUGCGGCAUGUUUUGCUGACCUUUGUUGCUUUGAUGCUGCAGCUGUGAUGUCAUUGUGAUGUCAUAUGUAACACAGUGAUGUCAUUAGCUGAUUAGCGCACUGACCUGAGCUACGCUAGCACACAGCACUGAGACAGCACACUCACAACACCAAAUAACUAAACACACUCUGUCCUGUGUGUGUGUGAGUGAGUGUGUGUGUGUGUGUGUGUGUGUGUAUGAGUGUGUGUGUGUGUAUGAGUGAGUGUGUGUGUGUGUGUGUAUG